UUGACGUUUGAUAGUUAUUUGUUGAUCGCACAAAAAGGGUUAAAUAUUGCUUGGUAGUGAGAUAAUCCUUUGUUAAUUGUGAUAAAAAUAGAAAGCAAUGGAACUUCCUAAUUUAUUGAUAGAUCAUGACUACUGUCAGAUCGAGAAAAAGAAGAAACGUUCUGCGAUCCAAGAAAAUGAGGUGGCCCAGUUGUUCGUCAUGAAUGCAUGCGAGUUUUUCAAAAACAAAUUCCCAGAUCUCAGUAUAAUAGACACUGUUGCUGAAUGCCUCAAAUUAGAUCCGAGACUAGUACGAAAGUAUAGAUAUGGCCCUAAGAAGAAAAUCAUCAAGCUAUUGAAGAGUGGAAAGAAAGCACCCAGUCAGGAACCAAAAGCCAAACUGGUUACUUUGGCACCUAUUGAAACUGAAAAUAUAAUAAUCAAGACUGAUAGUUCAUCUGAAGGAGAUGUCAAUAUGCUUAGAGGUAGGAGGUAUUGCUCCGUAGCAGGCUGUAAUACAUACAAAUCGAGAGAAUCUACUUUACAUAUGUUUCCGAAACAAGAGAAGCUCCGAGAAAAAUGGAGAAAGGCUCUGAGAACGCAAAUUCACAUUACGAAGUAUAUGGGGGUGUGCAGCAAACAUUUUACCAAAAGGGAUUUCGUCAUUGAAAAUCCAGAAACGAAAGUCAGACGUCUCCGGCGUAGUGCCAUUCCUUCGCAGAACCUCCCCAGACAACCUAGGAAGCUAUUUUUAUUGGAUCACGAUGGAGGUACAUCCAACACCGACGAGUUUACAAUUCCCAUCAAGGCAGAGUUGAAGGAAGAAUCCAUGGGGGAACACUGGGAUGGCAGUCAUUUCUUGGGUUUUUGAAUCCCUGAAUUUGUGAUCUUGAAAUAGUGAGAGAAGCGGAUUGUUUUGGCUCAUUUGAGCUCCAGGACAUUUGAAAAUAGCAUAGCUGAAUUGAAAUGUACCUAUAUCAGAGUGUCCUAUAUUAAUGUUCUGAAUGCUGUACACACAAUUCAAUACUUUUGUUGUCUACUAUAGAGUUUUUUUUCCUGUACGUGAAAAUGGAAAUUUUAUGAGAUUUUUCUUGAUGAA